AUGGCGUUCGCGGCCACCGCGGCCAGGGAGGCCGGCGUGGCAGACGCGCUCUUCUUCAUGGCGUCCGCGGGCGGCCUCAUGGCGCACUCGAAGUUCGAAGAGCUGCUCAGGCGAGGGCUCCUCCCUCUCGAAGAUGGGAGUUGCUUGACCAACGGAUAUUUGGACACGCCACUGGACUGGGUGCCAGGGAUGCAGCAGCACAUGCGGCUGAGGGAUAUGCCGACCUUCUACCGCAUCACGGACGCCAACGACACCAUGGUGAACGAGAUCAUCGGGCAGAUGAAGAGCGCCGCCGGCUCCAAGGCCAUCAUCCUCAACACCUUCUACGAGCUCGAGAGCGAUGUGGUGGACGCGCUCGCCAUCAUCUUCCCGCCGCCCGUGUACACCGUCGGCCCGCUAGCCCAGGUCAUCGCCUCCUCCUCCUCCGCCGCCAACGACGGCCUCGACGCCAUGGACAUCAACAUCUGGCAGGAAGACGCGCGAUGCCUCGCAUGGCUCGACGGCAAGCCGGACAAGUCGAUGGUCUAUGUCAACUUUGGCAGCGUCGCCGUCAUGUCGGCCGAGCAGACGCGCGAGUUCGUGCUGGGCCUGGCGAUGUGCGGGUUCCCGUUCCUGUGGGUGAAGCGACCCGACAUCGUGGACGGCGACGACGUGGCGGCGCUCCCGGAGGUGUUCCGCGACGAGCUGGAGCGCGGCGGGGGCCUCGUCGUGCCGUGGUGCCCACAGCCGGCGGUGCUGAAGCACGCGGCGGCGGGCCUUUUCGUGACCCACUGUGGGUGGAACUCGCUUCUAGAGUCGGUGGUGGCCGGCCUGCCGGUUCUCGCCUGGCCGGUCUUCGCCGAGCAGACGACCAACUGCAGGCAGGUGCUUGAGUGCUGGCGGAACGGCAUGGCUCUUCCAGAGGAGGUGGAGAGCGGCGCCGUGUCGAGGCUGGUGAAGGAGAUGAUGGCCGGGGAGUUGGGGAAGGAGAAAAGGGCCAAAGCGGCGGAGUGGAGAGCCGCGGCCGAGGCGGCGGCCAUGGACGGCGGCUCGUCGUUGCGCAGCGUCGACCGACUGGUCAACGAUGUGCUGCUGCUCGGGAACAAGUGA